GCAGGCGCGUCUCCAGCGCCAGCUCUCAGUGUUGGAGGACUCCGGCCUCAUCUUGCAGCAGGCCGUCAGCUCCCUGGGCGUCGCCGGCUGGCCCCUCCCCUUGCUGGCCCAGGAUCCCACCCAGAACCACACCCCAGACCAGCUAGACAGCCUCGUCAGGGUAACCAGGACCAUCCCUGAAGAUGUCAAGAGAAUGGUAUCCAUCGUCAAUGCCAACGCCAAGCUGCUGUUCCGGCCCAGUACCAGUACCACCAAUAAUACCAGUACCUCUACCAGUCAGUUUAUGAAGAAGAGAACAGAGCAGGGAGAAGACUCAGGAACAGAUCAUCAUGACAAUGUCCAGCUACAGGUCUCCCUGUUUGCUAGGAUGGCCUCUCAGUCUGAACCCCAGGUCUCCCUGUCUGCUAGGAUGGCCUCUCAGUCUGAGCCCCAGGUCUCCCUGUCUGCUAGGAUGGCCUCUCAGUCUGAGCCCCAGGUCUCUCUGUCUGCUAGGAUGGCCUCUCAGUCUGAGCCCCAGGUCUCCCUGUCUGCUAGGAUGGCCUCUCAGUCUGAUCCCCAGGUCUCCCUGUUUGCUAGGAUGGCCUCUCAGUCUGAACCCCAGGUCUCCCUGUCUGCUAGGAUGGCCUCUCAGUCUGAGCCCCAGGUCUCUCUGUCUGCUAGGAUGGCCUCUCAGUCUGAUCCCCAGGUCUCCCUGUCUGCUAGGAUGGCCUCUCAGUCUGAUCCCCAGGUCUCCCUGUCUGCUAGGAUGGCCUCUCAGUCUGAGCCCCAGGUCUCCCUGUCUGCUAGGAUGGCCUCUCAGUCUGAGCCCCAGGUCUCCCUGUCUGCUAGGAUGGCCUCUCAGUCUGAGCCCCAGGUCUCCCUGUCUGCUAGGAUGGCCUCUCAGUCUGAGCCCCAGGUCUCUGAUGUCCCUAGCCCUGGGAAGUCCUUUAACUCCCAGGUAGACAGCCCUAAGAGACAGCCCACCCUGUCAGAACAUUGCCGGCUAUACUUCGGGGCGCUGCAGAAGGCAAUUUGUGUGUUCAUAACCAGCCUGGACAGCCAGACCCCGGAGAAGUUCAUCUCCCACAGCAAGCUGAUCAUCAUGGUAGGCCAGCGACUGGUGGACACGCUGUACCGAGAGGCCCAGAAAGGAGAGGCCCAGAGAAGGGAGCCCGGGUCAGUGUCAGGGUUGGGGCCCAGCCAGAGCCAGAACCAGGUUCUGCUGUGUAAGUGCAACCACAUGUGUGCCCUGUUAAAACAGCUGGCUGUAGCCACCAAGAAGGCAGCUCUGCAUUACCCUGAGAGACAGGCUCUGCAGGAGGCCCAGGACUUCGCCAAGGAGCUGGCUCAGAGAGCACAGCACUUCAGGAUCUCCCUGGACCUCUGAGAGAGACAGACUUUUAUCUUAAGGACGCAACAGACAGUGCCGACAAACAGUGAAAAGCUGUCCUAUCCCCUCUGACCACAGAACGUCGCCAUAACGUUGAAUCGGCACCGCUCAUCAGCACACAGCAGGUGCUCCACAGCUCACAUGUUUGGUCUAUAUUUUCCUAGUCAUUGGAGCUCUAAAAGCCAAUUUAUGUUUGAUCCGUGAAUGUGGUCGGAGGCGCAGUAUGGAUGGUGUGAUGCAAUUGCGGAGCCUCCGGAAGCAUGCAGAGGCCAAAUUGAGCGCCAUAUGCCACCAAUUUUUUUUUUAACAAUGUGGAGGGCUCCGUAUAGCACCGCAUUGACAUGAUUGGUUGACGAUAGUACAUCCUGUAUAAACACAAACUUGACAACAGCUCUGCUCAACUGCUCCGCGAAGCGCAAGGAGUAUGAAUGCCCUGACUUCUGCAGAGACCGUAUCAUCCUAAACGGUUCACGGGCCAACGCAGACGUCGGAUUGACCACGCAGCGCCUUUAAGGGAGACUGCAACCAUUGUGCCACCUAAAAAAUGUUCCCAGAGGACCUGCGGACUAAUAAAAAACGAAUUGCACAUUUAAGAUGGAAUUUUAUGAAGCCAAAUCCAAAAGGUAUUUUCCAAAACAUUGUAUGUAAUCGUAUGUGACAUGUAUACCAUAGAGACAUGUUAUUACUUGUAUAGCUGACUUCGAUAUCAAUGGCCUGAAUACUGUAGUAGAAUAUUUUCACUGUAUUCUGUUUCACUGUUUCUAUACGAACCCAGUUAACCUAUAGCCUUCUACUACUGUAUGUACAUAGCCUUCUCAAAAUACAAUUUAGUACAUUCCUCAUUUUAAAAUAUGAUUAAAAGGAUUAAAUAGUUGGAAAGAAUAAAAACAAUUUCACAGCUUAAUGAGAUAAAAAAAAACUACAUUAAAAACAUUUAUUUUUGCUUCAA